GUCGUCAUCAGCUGGACAGUGUAGAGCUCCAGGGCUCUCCCCUCAUGCAAUUGUACCGCUCAGCCCCCUGUAAUUGUCGCUAAGACAGAGUCACAAGCCACUGAGAGUAGAGGGAUCCACUUGGACAGUUCGGCCCUGGAAUGUCUCGACAAGCGGGGUCUUGGAUCAGUCUGUCAACGUCAUCGGCCUCUUCUCACCCUCCAUCAUCCAUCCUCUCCAUCUUGGUCCAUCCAAUCCAGUUGAAUGCUCCGACCACUAAUCCUUGGUCUUCUUCCCUCCCUCUCGACUCAUCAAGUAUCCCGCCCACCCUCCACCCUCCAAUACAUCAUCGCUUCUUUCCCUUUCUCUCCUCCAUCCUUCUCCCAUCAUCGUUUUUGCACCUUUAACCUGCACUUGAUACCCUUUCGCUAGAAGGCGCUCAGCUAUACCACUAACACCAGAGGACUAGCCUCUAUACGUUCGGGUCUGCUUAAGCAGCCACAAUCACGCAACACCACGCUACACACAGCUAUAAUGGCCGAACGCUGGGACCGCGAUCGCUUUGAGCGAAUGCGCGGCGAACAAAACAGAGAUCGCUUCGAUGACGAUCGCUCUUAUACACGCAGCACACGAGGCCGCGACCACUCAGAUGAGCGAUAUGACCGUCGACCUGGCCGCGGUUACUACGAAGAAGAAGACAUCCGUGACCGUCGCUACUACGGCGAUGAUCGCUACCAGCCUCAGCGAGAAAGAGAGCGAGAUAUGCCACCUCCCUGGGCUCGCCGCACAGAUGUUCUAGAGAGAGAACGAGAGCGAGACUUUCCUCGCCGUGAAUCUCCACCUCGCCGACCAGGUUUCCUCCGUCGACAAUCAUCGCUUGACACCUUUGACCGCCGACCACGUAUCUUCCAGGAUCGCGAGGAGUACCCGCCUCCUGCUCGCCGUGAGGAUAUCCGUCCUCGAGAUCACCGAGAUCCUCGAGAUGACUACCGUGCUCCUCCUUACACACCUAUUCCUCUUCCCAAGAGCCGAGGACUGCCUCCACCUCGUAGAUACGGCGAUGAGUACUAUGACGACAUCAAGAUUGCCGAGCCCGACUAUUAUGGUGACGAUGAUUACCGAUCCAUGCCUGAGCGUGUUCGUGAGCGAGAAUACACUCGAUCUCGCAACCGUCGUGGACGCAGCCGAGAAUCUCGGUCAACUCGAACUCGCUCUGUUCGAAGCAGCUCGUAUUCUUCAUCCUCAAGCCGCUCCUCUAGCAGCAGCGGUGGCACUACAGUGAAGAGCGAGUACCCUAAGAAGGGCAAGACUCGCAUUCCUGCUAAGCUUGUUUCUAAGCGAGCUCUCAUUGAUCUCGGAUAUCCAUUCUUCGAAGAGGGCAACACAAUCAUUGUGCAAAAGGCUCUCGGCCAAGAUAACAUCGAUGAGCUUCUCAAGGUCAGCGAGGAUUACAAGAAGGUCGAAGCUGAAAUUGCCGCCUCUCGGGAACCAAAAGCACCUACUGCUGCUUUGCCUGCGCCUCCGCCCAAGGAGAAGGUCAGAGAGCCAACUCCGGAGCCACCGCCAGCCAAGACUCCCCCUCCUCCCGCUCCCCCAGUUCAAGCUCCUCCAGCCCAAGCACCUCCUGCUGCUGUUCCAGUCGCAACUCCAGCUCCUCCUCCACCCGUUCAGAUGAUGCCUCCCCCCCAACAAACUCCAAUGCCGCCACCGCCGGUCCAAAUGAUGCCUCCUCCUAUGGCUCAGCCUGGACCACCUCCUGUUUUCUACCAGCCUGGCCCUCCGCCUCCUCCGCAACCAGGACCCUUCGAAUAUGCUGAGGAGACUGUCAUCCGAGACGUUUCGCCAUCUCGAUUCACCACAACCACCACUUCCUCCAGCUGGGACUCUUACCACCAUCAUCAUCACCCCGCCGAGGAGCUCGUCGUCCGAUCUCGCUCUCGAUCCCGAAGUGGUCGUGAGAUCCGAAAGGAAAUCAAGGCUCUGGAACGUGAGCUGGCUCACCGACCUCGAGGCCGUUCCACCAGCGGCGAGAUUGUCCGCGCCGAGCGCUUGCCCGACGGACAGCUUGUUAUCCGAGAAGAGAGAUUGGAGAAGGUGGUUGAACACCGCAAACCUCCUCGUAUUGAGAAGGACAAGAAAGGUAGGAUGUCCAUUAGCGUACCUAAGUACCGUUAAAGGUGCGCCUUUUAUGUUAUUCGCGUCUUUGAGAACGUGUGGCUGACUCGGCUGCACAGGACCUCCUCCUAAGCUCAUGCGGGCCAUGUUUGCUACUCUGACUUAAACGACAUGUCAUCGAUUCCCAAGGCGGAUGAUUGAACGAAAAUGAUACGGCCUUGAUGGCUUAUGAGGGCAACCGUUUUUUCACAGGAUAUAUCGCAAGACUGGGAAUACAUAUGAAAUGAGGUGUAUACUCUGGGAUAUUAUGUUUCAAGGAUCUAGACAAGUUUGGGAUUGGAGUAUUUAUUGGAGAACCUACAACAUUAACGAAUUAUGACAUUUAUUUUAAUUCUAUUCUCCAUUCGGGUAAUCUUGUUAAGAUCGUUUUCCAUCGUAGAAUGUUGUGUCUGUGAAGUGAUUCACAGACUCUCCUUCGUCUUGGUCACAAGACCCAAAGUCUCGUGAGCAUCAGAGGCAGUAAACGGGUUUAGUACGGCAACUGGAUAAGUUGCUCUAGAUUGGCGCAAGGGCUAUUGCAUGAUCUGCAGAGCCAGCAAGGAACGGUUGAGCCGCAAUUUAAAAUGCCAAGUGCAAGAUCUACCAUAGAAGGUCACGAAAGUUUGAGAGGCAUCGCAUUAAUUUUGACUCAUUAAACUAAGGUAGAAUUCAAUAGCGAAAGACAGUUUCCAUUGUAUCCCAACACCAAACAGGUCCUCACCACCGUGCAUCAGGGUAUCGUGUGUAUCCAUCACCAAGCAAACCUCCCAAGACCGUUUCAUCAUCACCGUUUCAUC